AAAUACAGCUUGAGUGAUACUAUUUCGAGCAAAACUCCAUUUACCCAAUUAUUUAGAAAUUAGGAUGUCACAAGAUUCAAGGUGGUAGUUUUAAAAUUCAAGGAGCACUCAUUACUACCAUUAGAACACCUGUGAUUUUCGCCCAUGCUGCUUACAGUUGCUAUUUGCAACGACAGACACUUUGUGUCCUGUGGUUAAUUGUACCACGGUAGGCAGUUGGUACACAGUACGGCCGUUGGGACUGGUUAUGGUGUUUGUGGUGAUGACGUGGAGGAGAGGGUAGAUAAUACGGCGUCAUAGCGAUAACGGUCGACUCAGCCGUCGAGACCGUCGAGUUGUUUGCUUGUUCGUGGCAGCGAGUAGCGACUCGCAGCGUGUUCCUCGAAGUUUUGCAUCCGUUUGUUGGAGUCUAUCUUACGCGUAUAUUACAGUUGGAGUUACGCAUUUGGCAUCCGGCUAACAAUUUCACAAGAUAAGAUGUGUACAACACCUAAAAUCAUGGUUUUCAGACCAACAUGGAGUGAAUUUCAAAAUUUCAGUAGCUAUAUUGAGCUAAUGGAGUCGCAAGGCGCUCACCUAGCUGGAAUUGCAAAAGUUAUCCCACCAAAAGAAUGGAUACCAAGAAAAAAUAGUUAUGAUGAUGAUGAUAUUAUGAGUUUGAAAAUUCCAGCUCCAAUCUGUCAAGUUGUAGAGGGUAAAGAAGGAUUUUAUCGACAAAUUAAUAUACAAAAGAAACCUAUGACAGUAUUAGAAUACAAAACACUGGCAUUGUCUGAUAAAUAUAAGACUCCUGACCAUUUUGAUUAUAAGGAACUUGAAAGAAUAUACUGGAAAAAUGUAGUUUAUAAACCCUCACUAUAUGGUGCAGAUGUAUCUGGAUCUAUUACAGAUAAAUGUGUUGAGGUUUGGAAUAUCAACAAAUUGGGCACGGUAUUGGAUUAUGUAAAUGAAGAUUAUGGUGUUAGCAUUGAAGGUGUCAAUACAGCUUAUCUAUAUUUUGGUAUGUGGAAAACCUCAUUCGCAUGGCAUACUGAAGACAUGGACUUGUAUAGUAUAAACUAUGUCCAUGAUGGAUUUCCAAAGACAUGGUAUGCAAUACCACCACUACAUGGUCGCCGCCUAGAAAGGUUGGCUAAUAGUUUUUAUCCAGCUGAUGCAUCAUCAUGUCCUGCUUUUCUUAGACAUAAAAUGACUGUUAUAUCCCCACACACGUUAAAAGUACAUUCUAUACCAUUUAAUAAAAUCACACAAGAGAAAGGUGAAUUCAUGAUAACUUUCCCCUUUGGAUAUCAUGCUGGUUUUAACCACGGAUUUAAUAUAGCUGAAUCGACCAACUUUGCAUCACCACGUUGGGUGGAUUUUGGGAAAAAUGCUUCACAGUGUCAUUGUAGGAAAGAUUCAGUUAAGAUCAAUAUGGAUACAUUUGUUAAACGUCUACAGCCCAGAGAAUAUGAGUCAUGGCUUAAAAGAAAUAAUAUUGGUACUCAUCCAGUAGCUCCUAGUCGUAAUUUAGAAGCUCGCCUACCUAUUAAAUCUGACAUAUUAUGUAACAAAAAAAAUACAGGUAUUUUAAAACAUAGUAAAAAGGUUGUUAAAAAACGUUGUGAAACAUAUAAACGUUCAGAUUCUCAAUUGCCUAAUGAUACAACAUCUGAAAACAAAGCUAUAAGUGUACCUUCAUCAAAAAGUGUACAAGGAUUAAAAGAAAAAAAAUAUAGAGGUAAACAGAGAGAAAUAAUGAAAGAUAUAUGUCCAAAAGUUGAUGAAAUGAAUGCCACUAAAGUAUCAUAUAAUGGAAAAUCUAGACUUUUGAAGGAAAAUCAUUCAGUCUUGGAAGAUAUAAAAUUUACAAGUGAUAGUGAUUAUUGUGAUGGUUCAGAUAAAAGAAAGUCUAAAAAGCAAGGAACAAAAAUGAAUCCCAAAUCUAAGAAACACAAAAAUUCUAAAUCGACUGAGAAAAAUGUUCAAACUAUUAACCUUAUGGGUUCAACAAUCAUUAGCUCCAAAGAAAGUGAUAGUAUUAAAAAUAUAAUAACUACAUCAUCUAUCAAUGCCGAGAGUCUCAAAUCUAUGAAUGUUAAUAAAAAUACUGAAGAGUCUCGGGUGAAUAAAUGUCUCAAUAAGAGUAUUAAAAAUUCAACAGUUUUUAACAAUUCUUUAAACAAUGAUCAUUUGAUAUCUGAAAAAUAUGACAGUGUCAAUGAGAACAUACAUUUAAAUGUAGCUAGAACAAAACAAUUGCCACCAAUUAAAUUGGAAAGACCUUAUAACUCAUCUCUUACCAGUGCAAAUCACGUUAUUAAUUCUAAAAAUCAACCAUCUCAGAUGACAUCAAUAUUUAUGUCUCAAACUAAAAAAGAAGAAGGUAUGAAAUAUACACAGAAUUUUGUUCAACCAAUACUUGAACCUAAACAGAUUGUGGACGAUAAACAUGAAAUUUAUGGUAUGCUGAAUAAUAUAAGUGAUAUGUUCAACAAUUGUUACUCAUUUGAGAUUGAGCAACUUUAUAAUGUAUAUAAAAGUAUGGAUUAUCCACAUUGUUCAUUAUGUAUGAUGUUUAAUCGUAAAAAGUUAACCUUCAACUUGGAUUGGCAAAUCAUAGCCAAAUAUUUCAUGCAUCCAAAGUUAACCAACUUGCAGAGACCUACCAAAGCAUUAUUUAAACAAGCACUUUCCGGCAGUAACGAGGUUUUUAAGGCAGAUCUUAUAAGAUGUGUAAAAUGUUAUUUGACUGUUCAUAAAGUGUGUUAUGGCACAAACGUAGACACAAGUAGUCAUUGGGUGUGUGAUCGAUGCAUGAAAAAUCCUAGGCUUGCUGCUUGUGUAUACUGUCCAUUGAAAGGUGGUGCUUUAAAAGAAUUUAAAAUCGAUGGAUGGUCACAUGUUGAAUGUCAUAUUCUUGUGCAUGGCAGUAAUCUAUUAACUAUCAACACUUUUUCAACAGACCAAAAGUGUGUAAUAUGCAAUUUAACAUGUGGUAAUUGUUUUCGUUGCUCUGAGGCAAGUUGCAAUACAUGGUUCCAUAUUUCUUGUGGCAUAUUUGCUGGAUUCGAUUAUCAAAUUGACAAAAACUUUGAGCAUAUUAUUUUGAUCCAUUGCAAUAACCAUUGUUAUAUUCCAGAUAAACAACGGCUUGUUAACAUAAACCAGCAAGUAUGGGCAAAGCACUUGCAACAUAGAAGGAUCUCUCAAUGUAGAAUUGUAAAAAUUGAUAAAACUCCUUUAGGUAUCGUCAAGUUCGGUGAUGGUACAAUAUCAGACAGUAUUGGACUUAAAGAAAUUAAGAACUAUGCAAAUCAUCUCUUAGCCAUAAAUGAAGAAAUACAUUUGGAAUCUGGCGACACAGGUUUAUUAAUGGGGUUAAAUUAUAAGCCUACAUAUUCAGUUGUAUUUAAUGAUGGAACAUCUGGUUGUCUACUUCCUGAUGAUAUAUACAGUUAUGAUGAUCAUAUUACUAGCCAUCUUAAGCUGAACAACCAUCUGGGUCAGCUAAAAAAUAAAAUAAAAUAAUUUAUAAUUUAUAAAUAUGUUUACUUAAUUAACUACUAUUACAUUAUUAGAACUUUUAAGAUUAUAAUAUAUUU